CUCCUUGGUAGUGCUGGCUCUCGCGCGCAGUCUGCUGAAUCCUCAUGCGCGUGCGGUCGUAACUUUGGAUAGCGCGCGCUCAGUAUUGGCUGCACGCUGGAGCUCGCGCGGCGGAGUAGCACGGUAAUGAAUGUGGAUCUAUUCGCCCUGUUCUGUUCGGGCAUCAUCUGCCACGCCGAGGACGCGAUAUUAACGCCAAAAAAGUGCGAUAGAGCCGUGGCAGCAUGAUCCUUCUGUUCGGUGCAUUAAAUCCCCUGCUUUUCCUCAUUGUCUUCGGACUGUAUCCAUCCAUGACGAUUGGUCCCAAGGAAGGAUGGCAGGUGUAUAGUUCGGCACAGGAUGCUGACGGACGCUGUAUCUGCACUGUGGUUGCACCGGAACAAAACCUCUGCUCCAGGGAUGCCAAGAGCAGACAGCUCCGACAGCUGCUGGAGAAGGUGCAGAAUAUGUCUCAAUCAAUUGAAGUCCUGAAUCUGCGCACGCAGCGCGAUUUCCAGUAUGUCAUGAAAAUGGAAAAUCAAAUGAAAGGGUUACGGACGAAGUUCCGGCAAAUUGAAGAGGACAGGAAAACUAUAAUGGCUAGAAACUUUAAGGAGCUGAAAGAUCGUAUGGAUGAACUCCAGCCAUUGAUUCCUGUGCUAGAGCAGUAUAAAACAGAUGCUAAGCUGAUCUCUCAGUUCAAAGAGGAAAUCAGGAAUCUGUCUGCUGUGCUGACGGGCAUCCAGGAGGAGCUGGGAGCUUAUGACUACGAGCAGCUCUAUCAGAGAGUGCUCAGCCUGGACAGUCGCCUACGAAACUGCAUGAGCAAACUCACAUGUGGGAAAUUAAUGAAAAUCACCGGCCCUGUGACUAUUAAGACAUCUGGAACGCGGUUUGGCGCAUGGAUGACCGACCCUCUUGCAUCUCCAAGAAAUAACCGGGUUUGGUAUAUGGACACUUACACCAACAGCAAGGUGGUUCGAGAGUACAAAAGCAUCGCAGACUUCAUCUCCGGCCUGGAAUCAAGAACCUAUUACCUUCCCUUUAAAUGGGCUGGAACCAACCAUGUUGUCUACAAUGGCUCUCUAUACUACAACAAGGAGCAGAGCAACAUCAUUGUCAAAUACAGCUUCGAGACCGGACGGGUUCUCGCCCAACGUGCUUUGGAGUACGCCGGCUUCCACAACGUCUACCCCUACACCUGGGGAGGCUUCUCGGACAUCGACCUGAUGGCAGACGAGCUGGGUUUGUGGGCUGUAUACGCCACCAACCAGAACGCAGGAAACAUUGUGAUUUCUCAGUUAGAACCGCAGACGCUAGAAGUUCUCCAGACGUGGAACACGGAAUACUCCAAAAGGAAUGCAGGCGAGUCCUUCAUGAUCUGUGGCACGCUCUACAUCACCAAUUCCCACCUGACCGGAGCCAAGGUGUAUUAUUCGUACAACACAAAGACCUCGACGUAUGAGUACAUGGACAUCCCAUUCCACAACCAGUACUUUCACAUCUCCAUGCUCGACUACAACGCUCAAGAACGGGCGCUUUACGCUUGGAACAAUGGACAUCAGGUCAUUUUCAACGUCACGCUUUUUCAUGUCAUCAAAACCGAAGACGACUCCUAAUGGACUUAAAAGGAUAAAAGAAAGAAGGACAAUUCAGUUUGAAUUUAUGCUGUUAUUUUCUACUCGCUUAUGGUUCUUUUCCCAAAGUUAAUGAGAUAUAUUGCCUUCACCAUUGACUGCAGUUUGAGUCAAGCAUUGUCUCGCCGUGACUGAUGACACAUGAAGACUUGAUGAUCCAAUGCCAUUACAAACAGAACAAUUUAAAGUUCUUUUAUUCAUCUGCUCAUAGCUGCUCUGAAAGUUAGGCCUUACUUGCGAUAUUUCACAACGUGAGCCGCAGGCGGAUUGCUCUACUGCAUGAAUGUCUGAUUCUUUCGCCAUUUGUUAUCUGUUCUGUGGUCUUUCUAUAUAUCAGAAAUUCCAUUUUCUUAUAUAGUGGCGUGUUUUUGGCGACUUUGGUUUCUCCAGACUCUCCUGGUAAUCUAAUGUUGUGUCAAGUUUAGUUGUAAAAACUGUAGAGCCCUGAAUAUGAACCUAUGUAAACGAUUGUAACAUUCAUUGUCACUGUGAGAGGAAAUAUUUUAUAUUAAAUCUAGAACAAAACAAUAAAUCAACUGGAACGAAGCCACAAAUCUACAUCCAUAAAUGUAAACAACAGAAC